AUGGUUCAUCAAAGGAUGAAGAUGAUCACUCAGAAUAACUCAGAUGUGCAACAGCUCUCUCUCCCAGAGCCCCCACAGAUCAAAGAGGAACAGGAGCUGUGGACCAGUCAGGAGGAAGAGCAGCUCCAAGGACUGCAGUCUGAAACUACAGACUCCAUCUUCACUUCUUCCAGUGUGAAACAUGACUCUGAUCAGGAGGGCUCCUCUGAAUGUUCACAUGUUGACCAGACUGUUAAAGUGGAGGACAGAGAAGGAGACUCUCUACCCACCAACACAACUGAGGAGCAAAUCAAAGCAGAGCCUCAUGUACAAGACUCUGCAGCACCAGAACCGGGCAGUGACUCUCAGCCCCUCUCUGUUGUAGCUCCAGACUGUCCUGCAGCUCAGAGUUUGGAGGAGGAGGAACAUGGAGGAGUGAUGCUUUUACAGAACAGAACACAAAACAAUGAGUCUCUUCCAAGUGACAAUAGACCACAGGGAAGUCACACAGGAAAAACAAUACAUCAGUGUCAACAAUGUAACAGAACUUUUAUAUCUGGAUCUCGUUUGAUUUUGCACAUGAGAACACACACAGGAGAGAAACCUUUUCAGUGUCCACAUUGUAACAAACAAUUUGCUCGGAAAGGUAAUCUUGUUGAUCAUGUGAGAACACACACAGGAGAGAAACCUUUUCAGUGUCAACAAUGUAACAAACAAUUUUCUCACAAAGGUAAUCUUCAUAAACACAUAAGAUCACACACAGGAGAGAAACCUUUUCAGUGUCAACAAUGUAACAAACAAUUUGCUGACAAAAAAAGUAUUGUUGGUCACAUGAGAACGCACACAGGAGAGAAACCUUUUCAGUGUCAACAAUGUAAUGAACGAUUUGCUCACAAAGUUAAUCGUCGUCAACACAUGAGAACACACACAAGAGAGAUACCUGUUCAGUGUCAUCAAUGUAACAAAACAUUUAUAUCUGAAUCUCGUUUGAUUUUGCACAUGAGAACACACACAGGAGAGAAACCUUUUCAGUGUCAACAAUGUAACAAACGAUUUUGUUACAAAAGUACUCUUGUUAGUCAUGUGAAAAUACACACAGAAGAGAAACCUUUUCGGUGUCAACAAUGUAACAAACAAUUUGCUCAGAAAGGUAAUCUUGUUAAUCACAUGAGAACACAUACGGGAGAGAAACCUUUUCAGUGUCAACAAUGUAACAAACAAUUUUCUCGCAAAAAAAAUCUUGUUGGUCACAUGAGAACACACACAGGAGAGAAACCUUUUCAGUGUCAACAAUGUAACAAACUAUUUUGUUACAAAAGUACUCUUGUUAGUCAUGUGAAAAUACACACAGAAGAGAAAUCUUUUCGGUGUCAACAAUGUAACAAACAAUUUGCUCAGAAAGGUAAUCUUGUUAGUCACAUGAGAACACAUACAGGAGAGAAACCUUUUCAGUGUCAACAAUGUAACAGACAAUUUACUGUCAAAAUUAAUCUUGCUAGUCACAUGAGAACACACACAGGAGAGAAACCUUUUCAGUGUCAACAAUGUCACAAACUAUUUGCUCAUAAAAGUAGUCUUGUUGAUCACAUGAGAACACACACAGGAGAGAAACCUUUUCAGUGUCGACAAUGUAACAAACAAUUUGCUCAGAAAAGUCAUUUUGUUAUUCACAUGAGAACACACACAGGAGAGAACCCUUUUCAAUGUCAACAAUGUAACAAACAAUUUACUCUGAAAGGUAAUCUUAUUAGUCACAUGAGAAGACACACAGAAGAGAAACCUUUUCAGUGUCAACAAUGUAACAAACAAUUUUCUCAUAAAUGUAAUCUUUCUAGUCACAUGAGAAAACACACAGGAGAGAAACCAUAGUGUGAAUGAUAUGUUUUAUGCCAGAAGACCAGUUUGGUUUAUUUAAUGAGAAAUUAUAUCAGUUUGAAUUGAUUUCCUGUCCAGUGGGUAUUUAUAUGCUUUGCUUCCUCCCUUGUUGUAUUUGCUGGUGCCAAUCAAGGAGCACCUUCCACCUUAGAUACCGUUACCUUCCACC